AUGUCGUCGUUUGCUGGCCAGGCGCCCUAUGCGCCUGACUAUGCCUCGUACAACUGGACGGGCGCUCCCUCCAAUUUCGCUCUGGCGACUAACCAGGAUCUCGGUGGUAAUUCGCACACGGAGAACCUGAACAAAUGGUAUCAGUCGGGCGACCAGGCCUACAUCAUCGUGGCCUCUGCCAUGGUCCUGGUCAUGGUUCCUGGCCUAGGCUUCCUCUACUCCGGUCUGGCCCGCCGAAAAUCCGCCUUGAGCAUGAUCUGGGCAUGUAUGGGCUCUCUGUCUGUCGUGACGUUUCAGUGGUACUUCUGGGGUUACUCCCUAGCCUUCUCGCCAACCGCAACAAAUGGCUUUAUCGGAGACCUGCGCUACUUCGGCCUGAUGAAUACGCUGGGUGCCCCCAGCCCCGGUUCUCCUCUGAUCCCAGGCUUGCUCUAUGCCUUUUAUCAGAUGCAAUUCUGCGCCGUCACCGCCGCCAUUGUCAUGGGCGCCGUUGCUGAACGAGGUCGUCUCCUACCCGCCAUGGUGUUCACUUUCAUCUGGGCCACAAUCGUCUACUGUCCUCUGGCCUGCUGGGCCUGGAAUGUCAAUGGUUGGGGGUACAAAUACGGGGUCAUGGACUACGCAGGAGGUGGCCCUGUCGAGAUCGGUUCCGGUCUGUCGGCUCUCGCGUAUUCGAUGGUUCUGGGUCGUCGCCAGGAACGGAUGAUGCUGAACUUCCGCCCGCACAACGUGUCGCUGAUCCUGCUGGGCACCGUCUUCCUGUGGUUCGGAUGGUUGGGUUUCAACGGUGGCUCCGCCUUCGGUGCCAAUUUGCGCGCGACCAUGGCAUGCUGGAACUCGAACUUGGCGGCUGCUUUUGCGGCUAUUGCAUGGGUAAUCCUUGACUGGAGAUUGGCCAGAAAGUGGUCGAUGGUCGGUUGGUGUUCGGGCACCAUCUCUGGUCUGGUAGCUGCAACGCCGGCGUCUGGCUUUAUCACCCCUUGGGGAAGCGUUGUGCUGGGCGUUGUUACGGGAAUCGUGUGCAACUACGCCACUAAAGUGAAAUACUGGAUCCGGAUUGAUGACUCGAUGGAUGUGUUCGCUGAACACGGUGUUGCCGGAAUCAUCGGAUUGAUUUUCAACGCCCUUUUCGGUACGGACGCUAUUGUCGGCCUCGACGGUGUCAACGUUGGUGCGGAGAAUCCGACCACUGGAACGAAGGUCGGUGGAUGGCUCAUCCACAACUACCGUCAGCUGUACAUCCAAAUUGCCUACAUCGUUGCUACCUGCGGCUAUGCGUUCGUCAUGUCUGCAAUCAUUGCGUACGGAAUUAACAUGGUCCCCGGCUUGAAGCUGAGGGCGUCUGAGGAAGCAGAAUUACUGGGUAUGGACGAUGACCAGUUGGGCGAGUUCGCCUAUGAUUACGUGGAAGUCCGGAGAGAUUACUUGGCCUGGACGCCGCAGAAGUCGUCCCAGCUGGAGGACGGCCACGAGAUCCCCCACGCGGAUCGGUACGGCAUUGGAGCCCACAGUGAGAUGCUGGAGGGCCAUACUCCGGAAGAAGCCUGCAAGCAGAGCGACGAAGAUGACGAAAGCAACGGCCAGCCAGCCGAAACGACAGCGUCCCGACCAGCGGCAGAGCAGCACUCGGCAAGUGAACGCACCAAGACCUUGGUGGACCAAGAGAAAACCGCCUAG